UUGGAAGAAGGCACGGCUGGUUGCCUGUGUGUAUGGUGAUGGCGGAUUCCGGGGUUGGAAGAUUGUUGCAGGACGCGCUGCGGGUUUUCAGGGAGAAUUACCCGAUGUACGAACCCAAAGUCGGCGUGGCCGCUCCGGGAAGAGUGAAUCUUAUCGGGGAGCACACAGACUAUAAUCAGGGAUUCGUGUUGCCUGUGGCUGUCCCGAUGGUCACAGUGGUUGUCGGCUGUCAGAGUGCAGAUGGGAUCAUUUCGUUACUUACCACCGCAAAGGAGGCAGAUGAACCAAAGCAACUGGAAUUUCCUGUGCCAUCUGAAUCAAAGCCUCUGAGUCCUGGCAUACCUUGCUGGGCUAACUACGUGAAGGGAGUUAUUCACCAUUACAGGGCGGGCCCACUCCCUGGGUUUAAGGCAGUGAUGGCGAGUAAUGUUCCGUUAGGUGGAGGCUUGUCCAGUUCAGCAUCUUUGGAAGUUGCUAUGUACACCUUCCUACAGCAGAUUUGUCCAGAUGAUGGAGAUUUAAUGGAAAAGGCUCUGGCUUGUCAGAAAGCUGAACAUACCUUUGCCUCCAUGCCCUGUGGAAUCAUGGACCAGUUCAUCUCGGUGAUGGGGCAAAAGGAUCAUGCCUUACUCAUUGAUUGCAGGUCUUUGGAAGUUACCCCUGUGCCCCUCAAUGAUCCCAGUUUGGUGGUUAUGAUCACAAACUCCAAUGUAAGACACACUCUGACAGGAAGUGAGUACCCAACCCGACGCAUGCAGUGCAUGGAAGCUGCAAAGGUGCUUGGAAAAGAGAGUCUCCGAGAUGUUUCCAUGGCUGACCUGAUAGCGGCUGAGGCCCAUCUGGAUAAGGAGGUGUAUUGCAGGGCCCGUCACGUUAUCAGUGAAAUCAAACGCACGACUGAUGCAGCCGCAGCUUUGAAAUCCAGGGAUUACCAAGAGUUUGGGAAGCUGAUGGUGCAGAGCCACAAUUCACUGAGAGAUGAUUAUGAGGUCAGUUGCCCGGAGUUGGAUGAACUGGUUGCUGCAGUAAUGGAUGGCCAGGGGGUCUAUGGCAGUCGAAUGACUGGAGGUGGUUUCGGUGGCUGUAUAGUUACAUUAUUGGACGCUGCAGCUGUGGAAAAAACCAUCCAGCGGAUAAAGGACAAGUACAGUGGAACAGCAACAUUCUAUAUAACUAAACCGUCCAGUGGUGCCCAUGUACUGAAACUGUAAGAACAUAUUCUCACCAUCCCAACACUGACAAUUAUCUACAUCCCUUCGAGGGAGCCGUGUAACAAUCCACAAAGCAACUCUCGCCUGACCCCUGUAUAUGGAAAAAAAUUUUGACAAAUGUGUGAGAGAAAACAUUUUUCAGAGGAAUUCUGUCAAUAACUGACUCUGAUGGGUGACAAAAACUGAAACCCCUGACUCCUGGUGAGGAACCAGAUAUGACCUUUAGUCCAUUGGAUCCCCUGGCUUAGUGUGGAGUAUUGUACAUCAGAACCCAACACAGCCAUUAUGCAGAUAUAUUUGGGAGAGCUGCCUGUCAUCUGCACUACUGUAACAGGUUUGAAGGAGUCAUCAGUCUCUUUCUCAUGUCCUCCAUGUUUAUACCAGGGCUGCUUGAUGCAUAAGGGUUUAUAACUAAAGUAGGUAAGUGGAAUUGAGAUACAGGUCAGCCACGAUCUAAUUGAAUGUACACAAGCAUAAGAAUCAGGUCAUUCAGCCCCUCAAGUUUGGUCUGUCAUUUGAUAAGAUCAUGGCUGAUUUGAUUGUUGCCUCACUCCACAUUCCUUUUCUGCCCUCAAUCCUUGAUGCCCAUGGUGAACAAAAAUCUGCCGAACUCAGCCUUGAAUCUAUUCAGUGAAGAUUGCUGGAAUACCUGAAAGGGGAUGAAUGUUCUGUUCCUGU